AGCUUCGUCCAAAUGCGUAUCAUGCUUCCUUUGGCAAUAGAGUUUUAUCUUAAAUCCCGCGCCAAAGAAAUUUCCCGAACUGUGACAGAAGAAACUCCUGAACUGAGUUCUACUAACAAAGUCGAUGUGGACCGUGCCAUUGAAAGGAUUUGUGGAAACGACGCGAACAGACAGAAAAAGUUCCGUGAGUACCUCGAAAGUCUGAAGAAACCUUACACAGAGGACCAAGUACGCAAAAUAUUAAAUGACGAAAACAAAAACCGCCUUGAGAGAAUAAUUAAACUGCUUGACUACAUUGAAGACCAAGGAUGGGCUAAUGGAAGUGCAAUAGGCUCCCUGGAUCAUGAAAUGAACCGUGGUGGUGCUGGAUACACACACACUCUUUUCUUGUUGAAGGACGUCUUACAAGGGAACACUAAAUACAGACCAAGACUUUUAAACUUAAUAAAUACUUCCAAGUGGUAUAAUGAUUUUGGUGAAGUUUACCAAUCGACGUUCGAGUAUAAUGGAACUACGGCUGACAGAAUGAUUACAAUAAUGUUGUUUCGGCUCAUGAUUGUGUUGAUAAUGCCUGCUAAGUCGGAUAUGGAAAAAAAGGAGAGGCAAAGGGAUAUGGAUGCUUUGAAACGAUGGAUGGAUAACGCCCUGAGUAUCAACAAAGCCUUCGGUGGAGUUAUUAAACCUGAUUACACUGGCUUUCAUCACAAGACAUUCUACGCAUCUGCAUAUGCCCCACACGCAUAUCAUACAGCUGCACAAGUGCAAUACCUCUUAGAAGGAACAGAGUUUGCACUGUCAGAUGAGUCGAAACGAAAUUUACUGGAAGCUCUUGAAACAAUGAGGCUAGUAGCAGUAAAGUAUUCAACACCAAACAGUGUCGGCGGACGCAUUGUAGACUAUUCCAAAAAGAUUUUGGUAAACAUUCUCCCAGCAUACGCCUACAUCAGUGUUUCCCAUCCAUCUGGGCCACUGGCAUCAACCCCAGCCAAAGCAGUGUCAGUUCCUGCUGUUAAGAACGUUGGGAUGUUUUUACGUUUGUACCAGCCUGCUGACGAAUUUGUUAAAAAGUACUUGGAAGAUGGAACGGUUAACAGAGGAAAAUCGUACAUGAACAGCCUUGGAUCACUGAAAAUUAUGUCCAUCGUAAGUUUAUUAACUGAAUGUUGCUGA